UGCAGCUGCCAUUAGAUUGUGAGUAAAUAACAAUAAAAAUGUGUCCUAAUGUCAAAACGUCCAUAUAAUUGAAUAAAUAUUGAAAAACAUUAAAAAUGUCCGUAGACAGCCACGUAUCACUUAUAGAUUUAUCAAAACAACUACCUUUUGCAAUAGACCAAUAUUUGAAAGAAGAAAUAUGUUUUGGAGAAACAUUGGUUGUUAGCUGUGGUCAUUACGAGGGUGACGUUGCAGAAGGCGAGUCAGAAUCAGAAUGGACUUGCGAAGAAUCAACAGAAACUGAAUCAACCGGAGUCGCCAAGGAAACUGGAGUCUUUGAGGUGAAAGAUUUUGUACCAGAGGAAAUUAAAGAAGAGGAGGAAGAAGAAGAUGACGAUGACUUCUUUUUCUAUUUCUUUCCUGAUUGCAAUAAGCCCCCACCACCACAAAAUAGUAAAACAAGUAUUGUCAUUGAAAAAGGCAUGCCAAAAAUAAAUCCGGCUGCAAAGAGCACAGUUUUCUGCACUUGUAAAAAGGAUAAAACUGGAACGUGUCCAUGUUACUUAAAAAUACCUUGCCAAUGUGGAGCAAAAACUAAAGCCGAAUGUACUUGUGCACAAUUAAAAGAUAUAUGUAUAUGUGAACCAGGAUAUCCGCAAACUGUGUGUAAAUGUAACAGUAGUGAUGUAUGCGUUUGUGACCCUGACGGCAAAAUAUUCCCAGUAUGCACUUGUAACACCAUAGAAAAACCAUGCAUUUGUCAUCCGGGCAAGUUUCCUAGCCCGGUAUGUAAAUGCAAACAUAAGCCAAAAAUAUUUGAAAAGAAGGCAAUAUGUGAAGCUGUGGCUGAAGAAAACAUGGAAACCGAAGGCGAAAUGGAAAGUAAAGGCGAAUCUGAACCAGAACCGUGCACUUGCCAGAAACCAGACCCUAAACCAUGUUGCUUCUGCGUCCAAGGACGCCCAUGUACAUGCAAAGACUUAUGUAUUUGUGACAUUCGAAAGACCUGCACAUGUGAGCCAGAAGGCCCUAGAGAACUCGAAUGUAAACAAGAUGACGAAAAACUGACAUGCAGUUGCGCUGGUCAUAAAGUAUGCACUUGCGCCGAUGAGGAAGAUGGCGUAUGUAAAUGUUUCCCUGCUAAUGUGUGCACAUGUGGGAACCCGACGAACUGCAAAUGUUUCACCACAUGUGAUUGCACGGACCCGUGUAUUUGUGAUACUACUCCUGUGAAAAAAGAUGAGUGUAUAUGUUUAGACGUGCCACAGAGGUCAGACAAGAAGGCAGUUUGUACCUGUGCCUGUAAAGAGGAAAAGACGAAAAAGAUGAAAAGAGUUCGUGCUGGUAAAGAGGGUUAUCGAUGGUGUCAUGAAGUUGAUCCACGUCAUAGUUUUUUCAACUAUUCUUACAAUAAACAUGAGGAUAUCGUUAAUGCCCGAGAAUCAGAUGAUGCCAAAGUAAACAUUAUGGGCUUGCACGAGGAACCACCUAAAGAAUGUCCAGUGCAUGGACCGGCGCUACCUAAAUUUGAACCAAAGUUUAGGAAACCAUCUAUUGAUUGUUGCAGUCCUGUUGGAGGUAUGAGCGUAUGUGUCGAAACUCUUGGCGAAGACAAAGACAAAUUUCUUGUACAAGUGGUAUCGUACUCGUCAAAGGAGGGUGCUAAAACUGGCUCCAAACUCGUCAGUAUUUUGGAUUGUAACUUGCACACAAUGGAGGAGAACAGAAUCGAACACAUAACAAAGAGAGAUUUAACCAAAGAGCGACGAAAUUACAUGGCUAUCUGUGAAGGCGGUUACUAUAACAAAGUGACUCGCUUGUGCGGAGACAAACAUGUCGUUCAACGUAUGUAUCAUAAUUUCGAGAAAGCACACAACUUUAUAUUGGAAGGUGCAAAUAUCGUAUUAUUACGGUACAUCGGAAUUCAAAGAUACAAAGGCACUAUCAAGACAGAAACUGUUAUGAUGGAUGGUACUAUAUGUGAAAGUAUCUAUAUAUGCCAAGGUGUUAGCCAGGGUAUUGUGAAUGCGACGCCUCUGUUCGUCACAAAAGUUGAACGGCACAUCAUAGAACCAAACGGAUACAUUCAUCAGACGCUGACCGUAUUGACUCUCAGAGGAUAUGUAGUAAGUCACGAGUGGGCUGAUAAUUGCUACAUUUUGCACGUGAAUCCGCUUCUGCGUAUACUUCCUGAUAGGGAUGAAAUCGAACCUCACGCUCCUUUACGAGAAGGUUGGCGCGAAGAUCUGCAGUUGAUGUCAGACUUCUUGGAUUACAAGACCACCCGUGUAUCUGAAGGAGGUCGAUACGUCACAGAGAGCGGGGCACUCACGGGCACUGUCCGGGACUACCUGCAAGCCAUCCUCCUGCUCCGCCCGCAGGACACGUUACACUUCACCAGGCAUUACUUCGGAGCUGUCCUCUCUGCCCUCGACCUCCCGCACGACGAAUUCUUCGACCCUACUUCGAGGCAUGUCCGAUAUUAUUUCUUUGAAGAAUGAUAUGGAUCUUUUGACGCAAGGAGCAGUAGACAAGUGGAGUAUCAACCGAAGUGUGUGUGUUCGAUUUUUGAACGGGCAAACAAGACCUAACAGGCUUCCGACGACUAAUCUAAAUGUUCUGAUUCCUCGUCGCCGACGCAGGCAUGCACACCGGCGAGUAUUCAAUGACAGAGUUAUUGCUACACGCCACAACACGCACAUGAUCAACUGGGCUAGUUUGAUGCGCCAUUUUAUACUCAUAUGUUUACUGUUCCAUGCUUUGAAACAGCGUUUUAUAUCUUGGAGAAUACUGUUUAGAAUAGUUUUGUUUUACCUAUGUUUAUAGAUCUUUGGUUUUUCACGAACAUUUAAAUUACCUACUUAUAUUUAUAUUACCUUAUAUAUUUUAUUAGUAUAAGAUUCUUAAAUUCCACAACUCAUUGAGAUAAAUAGACCACGUUUAAAUCGGAUUUAUGAUAUGCUGGAUGAGUACAGAUCGGACCAAUAAAGACGGUGCAAAUCUUUUUCCUUUGCCUUUGAAGGAUUGUCUGGCAUUUACAUGACUUUCGUAACCGGGUCAAAGGCACUAUUAUUAAAUCCUAUCGACGGAUCGUUUUACAAGUCUGUGCUCAGUACAAGUAUAAGCAAAUUUGUGGUACCUGCAACAAAAAAAUAUUGAAUAAAUUAAAGGUGUAAAACAUUA